GUGGAGACAGACGGAGAGAGGACACCCACCCUGGUCGCCUCGUCUUACUAUAUCAAACCCUCCUUCACUCGGCGCCUCCAGAAAGGCAUUUCACCGCUCCAACGGCCGUGCAGCUGCUGGGCGGACCCGCAUUUUAAUACGCAAAUUUAGCGCAAAAUUACCGCGUUAAUUUUUUUUUCCUCCGGAGCUGAUAAAGUGUAAAGAAGCGAGAGACAGGGGAGAGACAUGGCCACAACAACCUGUACGCGAUUCACAGACGAAUAUCAGCUAUACGAGGAGCUGGGGAAGGGAGCCUUUUCAGUGGUGCGCAGAUGUGUGAAGCUGUGUACAGGACAGGAGUAUGCCGCCAAAAUAAUCAACACCAAAAAGUUAUCUGCAAGAGAUCACCAGAAGCUGGAAAGAGAGGCUCGGAUCUGUCGCCUGUUGAAACACCCCAACAUCGUUCGUCUUCAUGACAGUAUAUCAGAGGAGGGUUUCCACUACCUCCUGUUUGACUUGGUGACCGGAGGUGAACUGUUUGAGGACAUCGUAGCCAGAGAGUAUUACAGCGAGGCCGACGCCAGUCAUUGCAUCCAGCAGAUCCUGGAGGCGGUGCUUCACUGCCAUCAAAUGGGCGUGGUGCACCGGGACCUGAAGCCAGAGAACCUGCUCCUAGCAAGCAAAUGUAAGAAUGCCGCAGUGAAGCUGGCCGACUUUGGCCUGGCCAUCGAGGUGCAGGGGGAUCAGCAGGCCUGGUUUGGAUUUGCUGGCACACCGGGGUACCUGUCCCCUGAGGUACUGAGGAAGGAGGCAUAUGGUAAACCUGUGGACAUCUGGGCCUGCGGGGUGAUCCUCUACAUCCUGCUGGUGGGUUACCCUCCUUUCUGGGACGAGGACCAGCACAAGCUGUACCAGCAGAUCAAGGCUGGGGCUUACGAUUUUCCUUCCCCAGAGUGGGACACAGUCACCCCAGAGGCCAAAAACCUGAUCAACCAGAUGCUGACCAUCAACCCAGCCAAGAGGAUCACUGCUCAGGAGGCCCUCAAGCACCCAUGGGUCUGCCAACGGUCCACAGUGGCGUCUAUGAUGCACAGACAGGAGACCGUGGAGUGCCUGAAGAAAUUCAAUGCCAGGAGGAAACUCAAGGGGGCCAUUCUUACUACCAUGCUGGUUUCUCGAAAUUUCUCUGCAGCUAAGACCUUGCUCAACAAAAAGGCAGAUGUCAAGAAACGCAAGUCCAGCUCUACUGUCCAGUAUAUGCCCCAGACAAACAGCACCAAAAACAGCAUAGUCACCAGCCCCAAAGGAAACAUCCCUUCACCUGCUCUGGAACCUCAGACAACUGUCAUCCAUAAUCCAGUGGACGGGACGAAGGAAUCAUCAGACAGCAGCAACACCACCGUGGAGGAUGAAGACGUGAAAGGGAAGAGCUUAGACAACAGCUCGCUUAAGGCGCAGUCCAGCACAAGCUCCCAGCCUGAUAGCUCUCAGGGCUCCUCAGCUGCUGUGCACUCUGCCGCAAAGUUUGCUGACCUGCUGGGCUCAGUGCGUAGGGGCUCAGGGCCCACAUCCGACGGGGAAGGGAGAUCCAUCACUCCACCUCCCACUGCCUUCUCCGCUCCCUCCCCUCCACACACCCCUGUUGUCCCCAUGCAGAUGUCUCGGCUCACAGACCUGGUAAGCAGCGUGCGCAGGGUGCCGGCGGCCCCUGCACCCGAGAGUGACGCUGCACCGGCGCCGGUACCCAGCGCCAGGCCCACCCCUGCACCUGCACACACCACCUCCUCACCUCCCCCUCACUCCCCCUCCAGCCCUUCCCUGUCCUCCUCUCAGACACGCAAACAGGAAAUUAUCAAGAUCACUGAACAGCUGAUAGAAGCAAUCAACAAUGGAGACUUUGAGGCAUACGCUAAGAUCUGCGACCCUGGACUGACCUCGUUUGAGCCGGAGGCGCUGGGCAACCUGGUAGAGGGGAUGGACUUCCACAGAUUCUACUUUGAGAACCUUUUGGCUAAGAACAGCAAGCCCAUCCACACCACCAUCCUGAACCCCCACGUCCACCUGAUCGGCGAGGACGCGGCCUGCAUUGCUUACAUCCGCCUGACUCAGUUUGUCGACAACCAGGGUCGGCCGCGGUCCAGCCAGUCGGAGGAAACUCGCGUCUGGCAUCGCAGAGACAGCAAGUGGCAGAACAUCCACUUCCACUGCUCAGGCGCACCAGCUGCGCCACUCCAGUGAGGGUUGAAUGCCAUAGCUUUGUCUGUCAGGAGUGCUCUGCUGGAGAGAGAGAGGAAGAGGAGGAGGAGGAAGGGAUGAAAGAACAAGUCCAGUGUCGGUUUGGGGACAGGCCCUUCAACAACAAACCCUCCCGCACUGGACGCCCGGCCUCAUCCCCCAGCAUGCAUCUCUUCUUUUACUACUACCGCCCCCCUGUCUAUCGCCUGCCCUACAACAUCUUCUGACAACCAUCAACCAAACAGCUCGACAGCCUUCACCCCCUCCGGCUUCCUCUUCUUCCCUCCGGCACGCUGGGUGAUUGGCGGGGGGUGGGGGUGUUUUCAGCACUCGGUGUGAUUCCUUCUUCCUGUGGUUCCCUCCCUCCCCUCGUCCCCACAAAUUUUGUGACACCUACCCUCUUGUCCUCCUGUGAAUCCACACUUGUGUGACAUAAACACUGCACUGGAAAUACAGUAUGUAAAGUUUUAAGUAAAAUCUAUUAUUAUCAUUACUAUAUUAUUAUUAUUAUGAUUAUUAUUACACAUUUGCAAUUGUAUAUGUAAUUUGUAUAAUUCAAAAUUCUUGAUGCCAGUGGUUUCUAGAGUUGAAGGAAAUCUUUUUUUGUUUUUCUCUUUAUCUUUUUAAGGAAGCAUGUUUUUUUCCCAUAUUAACAGUGGCUGUUUUUUAUUGUGGCUAUUAAGUGGAAAAUGAUAUUGGCAGUUUUUGUAAUUUGCUUCUUGUAUGUGAGCUAUAAUACUGCGCCCACACUCAUGGUCAACAUGUUUUUGUUUGUUUGUUUGUUUGAGGUGUUCUUUUUUUUUUUUUUUUUUUGGAAGGGGUGUGUCUGAUGGUGUCAUGUGUGAAUGUAGAGAGUGAGUCCUUGCGUGUGUGUGACUGUGGUCGUGUAAGUCAGACAUACACAGUGUGUGCUUGUCCACACCAAACGAUUCUGUACAGCUGGAGGAACCUGUUGUUUUUCCCUUGUUGCAAUGUGAACGCUGAGCUCAGUGUCUUCCUGCCUCGAGACGUGAACAUUUCCAACACAAAGCAGACGGCGUGCAGUAGGAGUUUUGCAGUGAAUUUACGGUGGAUGACACUGUAACGGUCGAAUGCCCUACACUCUCGCACCCUGAUUGAUGAGGUCUAAAAAAAAAAAAAGAAGAAGAAAAACGUGUUGCUUUUUUUAGCAGCAAUGUUUCCUUCCUUGUUUUGUAACGCUGCCACGAUGAGAGGAAAAUCUGUUCGCAUGACAAUAAGAACAUCUUAAUGCAAUACUUAAUGUUGGAGUGACAUAUUGUUUUGUUAAGACAAACGCAUCCCCUUUUCACCUUAUUACAAAAAAAGUUUAAUAUAAAGUAAUUAUUUGUGCAUAUCUUCCAUGUUACAACAAGCAAAACGUCCGGUCCAAAGAGGAGAUAUCAUAGCCAAUAUUGAAGAAAUCAACUAUGUUUCGUUUAAAGGAAUCAUUUGAUUUUUACUUUCGGGAUGAGAUAUCGUUACGCAGAUUCUGCUUUGUCUGAGCACAGUUGUGCACACAGAAGCAUACGUUAAGAGCAGUUUUUAAUCACGCAGGGCCUCACAGGAGAAAGAAUCAGUCAGACGCCAUACAGGUAGCAUCGUUUCUUUUGAAGGGAUUGUUUGGGAUGCUUAUCAGUAGUCAGUGUACUACCAAGUGGAUGUCGGUCGGCAAACCCCCAGUUUUGAGAAGCAGGCAGGAGCACCACCUCAGACGUAAUGCUGUGGACGUGAGCAGCACCAAAUGUAGUCAAGCCCCAUAAAAAAAUCUAUAUACACAGCUAUAUUGAGAAUAUUUUCAUCACUUUUCCUUGACAGACGUGAACAUUUCCCUUUUUGACAGGGAAAGUUUGACAGUAAUUGAACGCAGUAGCUGCUGUUCUACAGCUGCCUCGUUGUGUGACACUGGUGAAACAAAAUAUCUGAUCUGAUGGCUUUGAAGAGAGCAUAGAUAGAUAGCUUCAGUCUGGUAGCAAGGUAAAGCAGUGAAAAUAUUCUCAGUAGAGAGUAAACUGAUAUUAAGUCACUGAAAUAGGUUCUGCUGCUGCCCCCCCGUCCACAGCAGUACAUUGCUUAGCUUCCGUGUCAGUACUCCUGCCUGCUUCUCUCAAACUGGGAGCAUGUUGACCACCAUCUCCUGUAGCCAAUACACUGACUAAAAAUACGUAUCACAUACAGUCCUUCUUUAAAAGAUCCAAACUGUCCCGGCUCUGUUUUAAAGUAAAGGAUUAUUUUUUGACCGGAGAAACAUCAACAGGUUCAACUGGACACUAAAACCAUACUGGAAUAAUAUUGUGAGUAAAAUUUACCCCAUGAUGAUUAUGAAAACACUUAAUUUUUUCUAAAUUACUAAAUGCAUUGACAUUUUGUCCAUGUGUUGUGUUGUGCCUCCUUCUCAGACUCUACAAAACAUCAAACUGCUCCGAAAAACUUUUUAACAGAUGAGCGAGAACAAAAACAGUUUUUUAAAACGUCAUGUUAUUUCUUGUUAUACCAACAUAAGGACUUGUGAUACGACGACAAAGGCUGUGUGUCAUAGUGAAAUAUGUCUGACUGCAACAUCAGAGUAUCUUGUUAUAAUUGCAAUAUUUUUUCAUGACAAACUGAGCACUACUUCGGUGACAGUGGCAGUGCUAUGCUGCCUUUUCUCACACAGUGAUGACUCAGAAAUCUCAGUGAGCAGUAGUUCAGCCAUGGCCCCUGUUCCCACCGGGAGCUUGUUUUUGUGUGUGUGUUUCUUUCGGCUAGUGGUGCUAAAUAGGUGCUCGGGGAGGGAUGCGCUGUUGGUGGCUCCUGCUGUUGCUAGGCGACAGCUGAAUACCCGCUUGAAGCCCAGUGCGCUUUUUCUAAAAGUUGUGAUAUUUUUAACUCGCUUGAAUCUCAGUUCUGUCUGGAACACGACAGCAGGACCUUUUUUUUUUUUUCAAUCAAAAAGACAAAAGAAGUCUGAGGAAAGGAUCCUGCUGGAGGCUGCGUGACCUUUCUCACUCCCGAAGCCAUAGCGCAGAAAGCUGGUGCCACUGCCUGUUUAUCUACUGUAUACGAAGCACAUACACUUAUAUACCCAUAUCAGUGAAGAAUCGAGGGUGUGUGUGACUGAAGCCUCCACUGUACAGGUGUGGGGAGUUCUCCGCCGUACCAUGAGUUUAUAAAUGUCUGCAGAUUGUGAGGUUUGUGUCGAACUUCUCUAUUCUGGUUCCUCAUUUCAGGGCAGUCAUUUGCCACAGGGUGCAAUAUUUGUGUGUUUGAGUGUGUGUGUGUGUCUGCAGCAUGUACAGUACAUCUGUCGCUCUCAGUGUGUAUUCUUUACAAGCCUGGGGGUGGGGAUAUCAGAGGUGUGUGUGUUGUGUGAGAGAUGGAAGAAGAAGGCUUUAUUUCGGAGGACAUAUCAGUCCCCUGCCUUCAGCCCAGGACUUUUUUUCUUAUGAUUUGAUCUGUUUUUCCUGUUUUUCAUGUAUUAUCAGCUUUUUAUGAUAUUAAGUGCUUGUGCCAGGGGCGGCAGGAUUAAUCCAAUGGACUUUGCAGCACUGAAAACUAUUUUUUUUUGUAGGGAGUUUGACUUGCGAUCAGCUCUUCUGUACUUUGCGCGUCCACCAUUGGCUGCCUUCACAUUUGUCUCACCCCUAUUGGUCAGACCAAGAUAUAAAAGAGACCGGGCAGUCGGUUUGGUGAAUAGUCCUCAGGUUUCUAUUUAUUUUGAAUAUUUAUUUAUUUAUUUUAGUGGAUAUUUUUAUUGUGCUUUACUCUCUCUUGUUUUUUUUUCUUUUGGUUUUGUACAGCUCAUGCACUUGUGCAAGUACUGUCUGUUGUUCAAAGGGACACUGCUCCAUGUAAAACAUGACUGUUUUUAAAGGGAUAGUACACCCAAUUUGCAUCCUGCAUGUUUUUUUCUGUAACGACCAACAUGGUGUGAAUUUCUUUUUCUGCUUUUUCUGAAACUUUAGAUUGAAGUUUUCAACGCUGUUUUUUUGCAGUUUUAUGGUGUCCGUCGUUUUCUUCCACUUAGCUCACUACCACUUUGCCAGAGUGGGACAUCUGUCACUUUAAAACCCAUCUUACACAGGCUUGUAUUUUGAGUGAACUAUCCCUCCGAAAGCGGCAUCGCCUUUUUUUAAGGUGAUGACGCUUUUAGUCAAAUGAAGGUUUUUUUCAAGGUGAACCACUGAGUCGUUGUAUUGUACUCGUGUCUCAUCCAGUAACAGUGUUGAUGCCUAGUUGACCCUGUUCUAAUACUUAAAAGGUCAAAGGUUACGUGAAGGCGUUCAUGCGUGAUCGUGCUAACCAGACAUGACCCCCACCCCCCCUCCAAAAAAAGAAGAGAUAGCAGCAUGUACAGUACAAAGGUGUUGUUCUUCUGUUCUUCUUAUAGUGUGUUUACUAGCCUUGAAAAUCAAUAUAAUAGGAUUCACAUAUUUAAAACGAGGGAGUUCACAGUAUUACACAACUGCAACUAACUAGCAGCGUAGCUGGCAUUUUCUUUGCAUGACAGUCAACGGGACACUUGUUUUUUGGUGUUUUCCUUUUUAUUUUCUCAUUUUCUACUGAAUGCUGGUAUACUCGACCUUUCUCUGUCUAUUUUCUCAGCUUUUUAAGUGCAUAUAACUAUUUUUGUCUCAAGAUGAUAUAAUGAAGAGGAUUAUGAUAAAUAUGGAUGAUGAUGUUAAAGACUGUGGCACUAUGAGGAUGUUGACAGUGAUAAUGACGAUGAUGAUGAUGUGAUGAAGAUUAUUUGGCAUGCUUUUCUACGGGGCUCUGUGUUGUCAGUGCAGAACGGCUGCCUUUUGUACGUAGCUGAGAGCACCAAGAGUGACAGGAGCUCCACUGAGCCUGCAUGUCACUUUGAGGAGCAGCAAAAGAUGCGAGAAGGUUCAAAGAGUGGAUGAGCUCCAGCAGGGGGCGCGGUCACACAGAGUAAAGCACAAAGGCACACAGACAGAUGGCACGUCGAUGCUUCUAAUGUAGCUGCACAAUAAGUUGACGUUAGUGUCAAAACUAACAGACAAUCCAGUCAGAGACAAUAGCAGUUUAUCACUGUAGAAUCAGACAAAGCUUCCAUUAUGAUUAUUGUUCAGGGCUGCACAAUUAUGACCACAGUGACCGUCCUGAUUACACUUUGACUUCAUGAUCAUGAUGAUGGUACAGGAUUCUUUUCCUCAGACAUUUGGGGAACUAAAUUGUUAUCCUUUACUCAUCCAUGGAUGGAUUACUGGACAGACCUACUGCGCAGAGGCCCAGGGCUCCAAAGUGUCACCUGCAAAAUGUCAUUCAAAAUGACUAUAAACAGAUGUAAAAUGAUUACAAAGAGACACAAAAUGACCUCAAAGAGACAGGAACUACAAAGAGACACAAACUGACUACAAAGAGACACAAACUGACUACAAAGAGACUCAAUAUGAUUACAGAAGACGACAAAACAACCACAUACACAAAGACUUAAACGAGACAACAACAGGGAUGCAAAACAGAGGGAAAAGAACCGCAAAGAGACACAAAAUGAAUACAAAGAGAUACAUGACAACUAUAAAGAGAUGCAAAACAGCUGCAAAGAGACACAAGGAGACUGACGACGACUUUGAAAAGAGGCAAAACCACCACAAAGAGACAUAAAAUGACUACAGAGAGAUUAAAGCAACUAUGGAGGGAUUCAAAAUGUCUUCAAAGAGACAGGAAGCAACUAAAAAGAGACUUGAUGGCGACAAAGAGACGCAAUAUGGUGAAACAAGAUGACAAAACAACCACAUACACAAAAAACUACACAAAGAUGCAAAAUAAACAACAACAGAGACACAGAACAGGGAAAAAGAGGGAAAACAACAGCAAAAAGACUCCAAACAGUGCAAAGCAACAGGACAACUUUAAAGAUAUGCAAAACAACCACAAAGAGAUAAAAUGACUUCAAGACAUGUAAAGAAACUACAUAGAGAUGCAAAAGGCUGCAGAGAGGCACAAGGAGACUUGAGAAGACUUAAAAAGAGGGAAAACAAUCACAAAGAGACAUAAAAUAACAGAGAGAUGCAGAGCAACUACAAAGAGAUUUAGCAUUACAACAAACAUGACAAAGAGACACGAAAUGUCUUCAAAGAGACAGGAAGCAACUACAAAGACAAAGGGACGCAAUAUGGUUACAGAAGAUGACAAAACAACCACAUACGCAAAAAACUACACAAAGACUUAUAAAAUAAACAACAGAGACGCAGAGCAGAGGGAAAACAACCGCAAAGAGACACAAAAGGACCCCAGACAGUGUGAAGCAACUACAAAGAGACACAAAAUGACUUCAAAGAGAUGUAAGGCGAAUACAAAGAGAUGUAAAACAGCUGCAGAGAGACACAUGCACACUCACAAUGA